GACCAGGUUGACUCAAUCUUAAACAUUGUAAAUUGUUUGGUGCAAGACCAAAAUGAUCAACCAGAGGAACCUUAUGAUCCUGAGGAUUUUGCAGAAGAGCAAGGCCUUAUGGGAAGGUUCAUCCAUUUGCUCCAAUCAGAAGAUUCAAACCAGCAGUUUCUGGUAUUUAAAAAAAAAAAAUUUCUUGGAUUGUUUUUGUGUGUUUUGUAAAAUGAUUAAAAUAGUGAGGAUUAAAACUACUACCGGUAGUAAAAGUGUCAAAACAAUAUGCAAGUUUAUGAGAAAAAGUACUUGUAAUACAUUUCAUAUAGCGCUUCACAUGUAAUUUACUGCUCAUGAAGUGAUCUUAUCUUAAUACAUUCAUGCAGAUCCUUAAUACAGCUCGAAAACACUUUGGCGCAGGAGGAGACAAGCGAAUUAAAUUCACAUUACCUCCCAUUGUGUUUGCUGCUUACAGGCUUGCUUUCAGAUACAAGCAGUUACAGGAGGAGGUAACUAUGGCGACCUAUACUAUAAACAAUAAUUAUUGUGUUGUUCUAAUGGAAAUGAUCUUUGGAUCUUCCAUUUUGCAUGUCAGUUAUAGAUUUAACUUUCUUCAGAUAACAACCAAAACUUUGGUGAUUUUUAAAAUUUCAAUUGAAUUGUUAUAUGCAUUAAAGUUAGUUAAAAUAGCCUCUUUAAAAAUGAAAAAAUGUGCUCUUGUCUAGCAGAACAAAAGAGUUUUUUUUAAAAAUGGUUUGUUCCUAUUUAUUAACCAGGAUGAAAACUGGGAGAAAAAAUGCCAGAAGAUUUUCCAGUUUUGUCACCAGACGAUUGGAGCCCUCAUCAAGGCUGAACAAGCAGAGAUUCCCUUAAGGCUGUUCUUACAAGGAUCAUUGGUGGCUGGCCAAAUUGGAUUUGAGAAUUCUGAGACAGUCGCUUACGAGUUUCUAACUCAAGUAAAAAAUUAUGCGUAUUUUUCUUAAAUGAUUGAGAAUUUAAAUCAGUAGGAAUUAGAUAAACAUUUACAGAGUGCAGUGCAGAAAAUAUAUGAAUGCCGAUGAAAUCAUCACUGUAUCCUGAUCUAUUGAUAUGAUCACUUAAAUUGAAUAAGGCUUGUAGGAUUAGUAGUUACUAAAGCUUUGGUUUAAAUAAUAUUUUCACAGGUGUUAUAAUGCCUCACAUCAUGGUGAGAGCCUCAUAGUCAUAUUCAUCAUUAAUUCAUAUCAUAUUUAAAGACUAACACUAACACCAUGUUGAAAGCCUGAUUAUGUUGAAAUCCCCAUAUCAUGUUGAAAGCCUCAUGCCUUGUUGACAUUAUAAACAUUAGAAAUGAAAUUUGAUCCCUAGAUAUUGGGGUGGUUAGUGUUGUUUUAUUAAAAAAGGUUAAUUUAAUUUGCAAAACCUGUGCAUAACUUCUGUCAAGUAAUAAUUCAUAUGUUGAAACAUUUACUCCACUGUCAGUACUGUCAGGGCUUACUUGUUCCAUUUCAUGAAACUUUCACUUAAACAUUUUAAUAAAAAAUCAUUUAAAAUCUUAUUGAAUGUUGUCAAAGAAAAAUACUAAAAUUUGUCAUCAGUAUAGUACCCAACUGAUACUGCAUAUUUAAAUUAUCUCAAAAUUAGUAGGUCUAUGAAUUUUGACGUUUCAGGCAUUCUCCAUCUAUGAGGAUGAAAUCAGUGACAGUAAAGCUCAGCUUGCCGCCAUCACCCUAAUCAUUGGAACUCUGGAACAGAUGUCUUGUUUUGGUGAGGAAAAUCAAGAGCCCCUGUUUACACAGUGUGCGCUGGCUGCCUCUAAACUGCUCAAGAAACCUGACCAGUGUCGUGGAGUUUCUGUUAGUUCACAUCUCUUCUGGUCUGGAAAGUCUGCCAAAGGUGGCGAAGUAAGUGACAUAGUUUUCUUUUACUUUGCAAAUCAAGAUGGACAAACAAGUUUGAUGGACUCUUGUUUUAGUCAGAGAAAUUUUAUUUUAUCUUUUAUUUUUUCUUCAGCUUCGUGAUGCCAAAAGGGUUUCUGACUGUCUGAAGAAAGGUGUGAAAAUAGCUAACCAGUGUAUGGACAGUUCAGUACAAGUGCAGUUGUUUGUGGAAGUACUUAAUCAAUACAUUUACUUUUAUGAAAAAGGCUGUGAACAGGUAAAUAGAUGUGUCAUUGCAUGCACAUUUUAAAAGUUCUCUUUGGUAUUGUUUUCUAUGAUUUAAAAAUUACUAGGCUAUUUUUUGGUGCCAUUAGAGCACCCCUUCUGAUUAUAGCCUUUGUGAUAAAAAUAAUUUUAUCCUCUUCCAGUUCAUUCCUUUUGGAAUAGAAUCAAAGAGGUUAAAAAAAUGCUAACACUGAAAAACUAAAGCAGGGUUUAGAAACCGUUUUUUUUUUUUUGUUGUUUUUUUUUAAUAAGGAGACAUUUUUAUAAAUUAUUAGCCAAUAUUCCUGGUAUGGCCCAGGAUAGCAUUCGGAAAAACAGUCCUGUAAAAAAAGUAUAAUUUUAAUUUUUCUAAUUUAUAUUAAUUUAUAAAAAUUUUCAACUUUUCGUUCCUGGAUUCUAUCCCAUCUCAUUGGGAUCCCAUUUCCUGAUGGAAUCCGGUUCCCAGUGGGAAUCCGGUUCUCAGUGAGAUCCCUUUUCCUGGUGGGAUCCCGACUAUUGGGAUCUUCUCUCCCAAUGGGAUCUCUAUACUGAUUAGGAUCCAUUAGCCGGGUGGGAUCCUGUUCCCCAUCCGAAAACAACUAGAACUAAACUAACAUUUCCCACUAUAUAUCCCUGUGGAAUAAUAUAGAACUUUCUGGAACAUUCUAGAUAAAUUUAAUAACCUUGAAAUGUGUGAAAAAUUAUUUUUCUUUUUAAUUAUUUUUCAAAUAAGAAAUACUCAACAACUAAAUGCCAUAACUAAAACCAUUUUUCAUUUGUAUGUGUACUAAGUUUGGUCAAAAUCCAUCCGUUCAUGUAGGAGUAUUUGUUGAUAAUUUUAUUUAUAUGGCUCAUUUAUAUAAAAAGAAAAUUUUGAGCCCCUGCUCCAAGCAGAAUAUUUUUAAAGUUCUAAACUCGCCCCCCCCCCUCCUCCACCCUUUUCACUUACAUAUAUAUACAUAUGUGAUAUCUGCUUAGAUAAUAUUUUGAUAACAUCAUUAUAGAUAAGUAUUUGUUUAUAAUUUUAUUUAUAUAGCUCAUUUAUAUAAAAAGAAAAUUUUGAGCCCCUGCUCCAAGCAGAAUAUUUUUAAAGUUCUAAACCCGCCCCCCCCCCCCCUCCACCCUUUUCACUUACAUAUAUAUACAUAUGUGAUAUCUGCUUAGAUAAUAUUUUGAUAACAUCAUUAUAGAUUAGUGACAAACAAAAAAAGAGACAGGUCUUUUCCUUCGAGAUCUGCAUGCCGCUUCUAGACACGUUUGUUGACCACUGAUGCCUUAUGUGAUCUGCUGUGUAAUUAUGUAUUAGUAAAUUACUGUUUUGAAACUAAAAAUAUUUAAAUUCUUUUUCUCUCUUUACCUUUAGAUUUCAGUUCAAGUUUUAAAUCAGAUUAUUUCAAAAAUAAGAGAGCUGUUACCAAAUCUGGAAUCAAAUGAGGAAACAGAACAAAUCAACAAACAUUUCAAAAACACACUGGAGCACUUACAGCACAAACUUGACAAUCCAGAAACUGCUGGACAGUAUGAGGGAUUAGCAUUUUAGAGAACUCAAAAGACAUAUCUUCGUAACUAGUGAUCACUGUACAGAGUAAAUGGCAAUAUCAAUGAAUUUUCCACAUGGUGGAAACAAAUUUUGUCUUGAAACCAGAAAAUGUCUUCAAAGAUGUGAGCUUUAAAAUAACAUUCCCAGAGGUCAAACCAUCCAAUUUUGAUGAGAGGCUGUUGGGGUUUCAAUUUGACGCUUUUUUUUAUCUUACUAUUCUUACUCACUACUUUUGGCACAAGCGAAUUGUGGGCAAAAUGACAUAAUUUAUCCAUAAAUAUAUGUUUACGAGUGUGUCAGUAAUAAUAUAAUUACCCUUGUUAAAAAUUGUAUGAUUUAGGGUUAAAAUAUUAUUUCCUGUGAGGUGAUUUGUAAAGCUUAUGGUAAUAAAAUGGCUAAGGUUGCAGUUAGAUCCACCCAAUCUUCUUUGUUAACAAUUAUUAUUUAAGUAAGCUACCACCUGAUCAUCCCACACUUCUUUUGUUGAUACAUACUUAUUAAAGUUUAUGAGUAGUAGUAUUAUGAGUUUUAUCACCUUCGAUUUUUUUUUUAUACCCAAUGUGGUUAGAUAUUUUAACUUUGAAUUUGCAACAGCCACUAUGCUGCAUGAUGUUCAAAUCCUAUUACUGCUAUUUGAAUAAAGUUCUGAUAGUCAAAUUGAUAACUUUUUUUUGUGUGUGGCUUUUAGCUCAAAUUGUCUAGCUGUUGAAUAUAUAGACAAAUUAUUAUAUUAUUACUACACUUAUCUGCAUGUGGCUCACACACACACACCCACUAUUAAACAAAUGAUGUGAAAUGUCAAGGUGUAUAAUGUUUUAAAGUUCUAAAUAAGUUUGAUAAUAUAAACCAUUCUAUUAAAUGAAAAUUAAAGAAAGUUUGUAAAAAGCCCUAACUCAUAUUUAUAAAUAAAAAUAGUAAUCUCCCACAUAAGUUUUUAGUAACGUCUUUGUGCCUGCCCUUUACCAACAACCCCUAAGUCAUCUAAUUUACUAAUCACUUCUCUGUUCAUUUUUAUAACAGUUCUUAUUGUGAUGAUUUUGAAUGUUGUCUGUAGGACAAAACAAACAAAAUAGUUGAAAGAUUAUGAUUUGUGUUAAAUUGUUAGUUCAGAUUUGAUAUUCUGUUUAGA